CCUCUCUCUCCUCCAUUCUCUCUCCACCUCUGCAUGCCAACCCAGCAACGCGCGCGGACCACCAACAACUAUUGACCAUUACGACGCGCCCCGCCCCGAUCGCCAUUCUCUUCCGCGAUUCGGCUCUUUCCCCCAAGAAAUGGACAGCCGGAAUCAGGCGCCGCAGAAGUCCAGCAGCUUCUCGUCGGCCUCCAGCAACAAGGCCCGGGAGGUCGACCGCAACCUCUCCCUCGGCUCCCUCGGCACCCUCCGGCAUGGCGACCACGACCGGAGGGGCUCCGCCGGCGCCACCUGGGAGCAGAUCAAGGAGGAGUGCGAGGACGACGAGGAGGACGGCUGCGGCGACCCGGGCGUGUCCGAGUUGUCGAGGGAGAUCGACGCGUUUAUCGUGGGCCGGGAUGGCCAAGCGCCGCUGAGCCUCCCGGAGGCGACGCUCGAGAAGUUCGCCGCCGCCGUCGAGCUGCAGAUCGCGCAGACGGAGAACUCGCGGGAUAAGUGGGCUAAGGGCGAGCCGCCGGUGCUCGCGGCCAUCGCGCGCAUUUCGGCCCUCGCGUCCGCGCUCGCCAAGAACCCGGAGGCCAGCAGCAAGUACGCCUCCGGCGCGCACCGGGUCACCGCCGUGCUGCAGCGUGCCAUGGCGUUCCUCGAGGACGAGUUCCACGCGCUGCUCGAGCCCAAGUCGGACACCUGCAAGUUGAUAAGACGGCCGCCUUCGUUCGAGCAAGGCGGACACGAGGCCGACCGGUGCGUCCUCCGACCACCCGACACCGCCCCUGCAGCGGCGGAGCCCAAACCGCCGUACACGCCGGAGACCGUGGAGCGGCUCCGGUCCAUCGCCGACCUCAUGGUGGCCGCCGGGUACGUAACGGAGUGCACGCAGAUGUUGCUGGUGGCACGCCGGAACGCGUUCGACGCGUCGGUGCGCGCGCUCGGGUACGAGAAGGCAAGCAUCGACGACGUCGUGCGGAUGACGUGGGAGGCGCUGGAGACCGAGAUUGUGACGUGGAUCAAGGCGUUCAGGCACACCAUCAACGUGGGCCUCUCCACGGAUCACGACCUCUGCGGCCGCGUCUUCAGCGGCCGCCACGCCAGCGUCGGCAGAGGCGUCUUCGCCGACCUGGCCCGAUGCAUCAUGCUCCACAUGCUCAACUUCACGGAGGCCGUGGCCAUGACACGCCGCUCCGCCGAGAAGCUCUUCAAGGUGCUCGACAUGUACGAGGCCGUCCGCGACUCAUCCCCGGUCAUCGACGCCUUCCUGUCCGCCUCCGCCUCCGACGAACCCGCGGCCGGCAACGCCCUGGCGGACCUCAAGACCGAGAUCGCGGCCGCACGUUCCCGGAUCGGCGAGUCGGCGGCCAGCAUCUUCUGCGAGCUGGAGAGCUCGAUCCGCGCGGACGCCGGCAAGCAGCCGGUCCCCGGCGGCGCCGUGCACCCGCUGACCCGCUACGUGAUGAACUACCUCAAGUACACGUGCGAGUACAACAGCACGCUCGAGCAGGUGUUCCGGGAGCACCGGCGGAGCGACGCCGUGGACGGGGAGGACAACAACCCGUUCGCGGCGCAGCUGAUGGAGGUGAUGGAGCUCCUCCAGGGGAACCUGGAAGGGAAGUCGCGGCUGUACAAGGACCCGGCCCUGAGCAGCAUCUUCCUGAUGAACAACGGGCGGUACAUGCUGCAGAAGAUCCGGGGGUCGCCGGAGACGAACGCGAUACUGGGCGAGACGUGGGCGCGGAAGCAGUCGACGAAUCUGCGGCAGUACCACAAGAACUACCAGCGGGAGACGUGGAACCGGGUGCUGACCCUGCUCCGCGAUGACGGCGUGCUGACCGUGAAGGGCCAUGUGCAGAAGACGCUGCUCAAGGAACGGUUCAAGCAGUUCAACUCCGCCAUGGACGAUAUCCAAAAGACGCAGGGGGCGUGGGUGGUAAGCGACGAGCAGCUGCAGUCGGAGCUCCGGGUUUCCAUCGCCGCCGUGGUGGUGCCGGCGUACCGGUCGUUCCUGGGGCGGUUCGCGCAGACAUUCAGCGCCGGGAGGCAGGCGGAGAAGUACGUGAAGCUGAGCGCGGAGGACCUGGAGGGGAUCAUCGACGAGCUCUUCGACGGUAACCCCUCGUCCAUGAGUAGGAGGAGGACAUGAUAAAUACUCCCUCAUGGACGAGGGAGUACGUAAUAAACCCCAGCAGCAGCAAUUGAUCGAUCGAUUGUUUAAAAGGGAAUCGGAGGAGCAUUUGACCGAUCGGGCUAAUUCUUGGUUUAAGAAAUGUACUAUUGUAUUAUUAAUUAAUCGUUUAUCGUUU